CCUUUGUUCGUGUUGUUUCGGUGUGCCAUCGGGAUUGCUGUUGGUUGGUCCUUGCUUGUCAGCUGUGCUGCUGCUUGUCCGUUUUCUGUCGGCUGCGCUGCUGCUUGUCGGUGGAGCUGGCUCGGUGCCCUUGUGGGGGUAUUGGCUUUUGAUGUCGGCAUUUGGUUUUUGGUGCUUUGUGACCUGUUACGGAUUGGACUGUUCUGUGUUGUUUGUUGGUUUUUUCGUGACGAUGGAGGCGCAAUCCGAGAGCAGUGGAUCGAUUCGGGAUGUUGGGGUUGUGACAGGUGACGUGACGCUUGGCGAGGCGUUUUUUGGCCGUGGUCAGCGUGGGAGGGGCCAAACAGUUGCGGGCGUGCGGGCGCGUGGUGACGUGUCCUCUCUUGGCCGCGGGCGGCGGGGCAGGGGCAGGCCCGUUGCGGGCGCACAGGCACCUGGUGAUUGUGGCGUCUCGUGGUCGUGGUCGACGUGGGAGUGGUCCGUCAGUUGCGGAUGUGCAGGCGGUUGGUGACGGGGCCUCUUGUGGUCGGGGACGACGGGGGAGGGGCCGGUCAGUUGCGGCCGUGCAAGCACCUACCGACGUGGCGUCUCAUGGUCGUGGUCGGCGGGGGAGGGAUCGGUCCGCUGCCGGCGUGCAGCCGCCUGAUGAUGUGGCGUCUCGUGGGCGUGGUCGGCGUGGGAGGGGUCGAGGUUCGUCCUCUUCUGUGGGACGUGGUCGGGGUGGUGCUGAGCGUUCGGGUGCUGUUUCGACUGGUGUUUCUGCUGAUGCAGGCGCUUCAUCUUAUGCGUUGUUGGCUGUUCCUGUUGGUCGUGAGGUUCCUGCUGUUCAGCGCUUCGGUUGCUAGGCCAAAAAGAAAGCGGCGGCGUAUGCAGCAGCGGCCUUAUUUCUUUGAGAUGGUGUCUUCCUGGGUUUCUGGCGCUGUUUUGCCUGUUUCAACUAAGGAGCAUGUGGCUUAUUUGAAAGGCUCAUCCCAUCGUCGUCCAAGUCCCGUGUGGAGUCACCGGUGCGCACGAGCCGGUGGAGGCGGCGGUCGGGGCCCGUGACGGAUCCGCGGGUCCGCAGCCGCCUUCCUCACAUGGACGACGCCGACACACACGAGUUGGUGGAGGUGACCAAGAGCGGCAGCGGGCGCCGGCGAGAUCCCAAGGGAUAGUAAUUACUGUGCCCGCGCGUUGCUACGGGUUAAUAAAAUCACAAACUGUUUAUUUUUAUUUUCUGUGUAGGCAACUCAUGGCGCUGUCGAGGUCGGCAUGCGGGUGUGGUGGCAUCGGUUGUAAGAUGGAGUAGAAAAAAUCGUGAAAAAACUGGAGGAAAAGAAAAUAACGAGCAGUGACAUAUUGGUUGUAAUUUUAACGAAAUUAACCGACCGCGACUGUACCAUCACCACCAACUCCAAUUUAACAGAUAGUAAUAGAUUGUUGUUAUGUUA